ACAUGAUCGUUAUUCGGCCCUGCUUAAAACGUAAAGAUUCUAGAGGAUAAUUAUAUCGCGUUCGAACUCUCGAAAUGGACACGUUCAAAAGGAAUAUUACGUGAUUGCGUAACAGCAAGACUGAAAUAAAAUCAGAAACAUGAACAGAUCUCAAUAUGCCAGAUCAUGAUGAAAAUCUAAAACGUUCAAAUACCUUCUCCUGGUUACUACCGAAUUAUUCCGUGGCGCUAGCGUCACUCUGACCUCCAAAUCGUUCGGAAGUUUCGUUUCGUAGCCAGAAGGUGUCAGCAGUCGCAAUCGUGCUGGUCACCGAGACGCCUAGACGCCGGGAGAUGUUUCACAGCGUCGCCGCGUCGGCAACGAGGCGUUCCUAUCGCUCGCAGUACGAAAUUGACACAGUAGAGGGAUCUUGGAGCUCUAUUGGAAAGGGAAUAUCAACGUUAGUCUCUCAUAGAGAACGGCCAUUAUGUUCCGAUCGGAGUUUACGUGCUGUUGCAAGAGUUGGCCAAGCUGUCAACUUGGCAGUCGAGCGAUUCGUCACUGUAGGAGAAACAAUCGCCGACGACAAUCCGGAGAUCAAACAAGAUAUGUACGAGGCCUGCAAAGAAGCCAGAGUAGCAGGCUCGGCAAUCGAAAAGCUGUGUGAAUGUGCCAUUGAGGACAGUCUGGCUGACAGAGGAUCUGUUGUCAGAGCUGCCAGAUGUCUUCUAGGAUCCGUAACGAGAGUGCUACUCCUCGCGGACAUUGUUGUUGUAAAACAACUUUUGCUUGCCAAGGAUAAAGUUGCUCGAAGUCUUGGACGACUGGAGAGCGUCUCGAACUUUACGGAAUUCGUAAAAGCCUUCAGUCAGUUCGGAGCGGAAAUGGUGGAACUUGCACAUUUGACUGGCGAUCGACAAAACGAUCUCAAGGAUGAAAGGCGAAGGGCACAAAUGGCAGCCGCGCGUCAAGUUCUCGAAAGAAGUACAAUGAUGCUCCUAACAUCAAGCAAAACGUGUCUAAGGCAUCCGGAAUGUCCUUCAGCCAAAGAGAAUCGGGACACGGUGUUCUGCCAAAUGAGAAGAGCCAUGGAUCUUAUUCAUUACGUCGUUAAAGAUGGCGUCCUCGACUGCAGCGAGUCCCAGCAGCCCUACUCCAAUUCACAGAGCCCGCAGCAGGAAGAUUGGGAUAGCAGUACAGUCUGUUCUGCGUUAAAACACUUUGAACGUCUCGUGGAAACAACGAGAAUGACACUACUGGGUCCAGGUUGUCGGGAGACUUUGACAGCAGCCUUGGACACCGUAGCGGAAAGAACUCAAGAUUUCACUGAUAGUGCAUACACCAGCCACGAACAUAGAGAAAACAUCCUUUUACUGUGCGACAGAGCGAAAUUGGAACUUAACACACUUUUAAGAAUUGGCAACAGCAUGAAUUUUGAAGGUGGUGGGGGUUCUCCAAGUUCCGAAAUGGAACAAGCUGUUCUGGGGGUCCUAAGAGCAACAAGAGACCUUAGACAACAAUUGAGCACGACAACGAUGGAACAAGCUGGUGAUCUCGGUCAGGUGACAAAAGCUGGCCAAGAACUUGUCUCCACUAUUAGGAAUCUCGCACUGGCUAAUGAUAUCGAUAGGCUACAGGAGAGCAGCGAUCGAUUUCACGAAUACAUCGAACACAUUCUCGAAGUAUGCAAACUUCUGAGACACGUGGCUCUCUCCGAAUCGUUGCAAGUGUCGGCGAAGUUUACAGAAAUCAACCUGAGAAUAUACGGUCCUCAAGUCGUGACCGCAGCACACACGCUAGCUAGGCAUCCGACAAGUAAAAUCGCUAAGGAAAAUCUCGAAGUUUUCACGGAUAUGUGGCAGUGGCUAAUGUCAGACGUUACAACAGUCGCAAAAGACGUCCUGGAGCUGAGUCAAAAUCGACCCGAGAAACAAGUGUACAUGUCUUUGCCACGACCAGGUAAACACGGCACAACGAGCAAACCUCUAAAACCCGUGAGACUGGACAGCGAAGAACAGGCGAAGAUAGCGAAGGCCGGUUUGGAAAUGAAACUGAUCACUUCGGAAAUGGAUGCAGAGACGGAAAAGUGGCAGGAAAGCGGUGCCGCCUUAGAGGAAAAUAAUGACAUAGUAAAACGAGCUAAGAACAUGUCCUCUAUGGCGUUUUCCAUGUAUCAAUUCACACGUGGCGAAGGUGCCCUUAAGACGACGCAGGACCUCUUCACCCAAGCUGAAUAUUUCGCUGAAGAGGCCAACAGAUUGUACAAAGUUGUGAGACAAUUUAGCUACCAGGUACCGGGCGGACCGCACAAGAAGGAGCUUCUCGAGAAUCUUGACCGCGUACCGACUUACGUUCAACAACUUCAGUUCACUGUGAAGAAUCCCACCGUCGGAAAAGCCGCCACCUUUACGAAAGUCGACAACGUAAUCCAGGAAACAAAAAACUUGAUGAACGUGAUCUCAAAAGUGGUCACCACGUGCUUCGUUUGCGCCACAAAGUACAACCUGGAUUUCCGAGGUCUGUCGGCGCGUGGGGUCGGCGGCUCGCCGUACAGGGGCGGAGAAGGUGCAGGUGCCGACGGCGAUGGUGGCGGCGCUGGUGUCGACGGCAGCAAGACGGGCUCCGCCCCCGGCAGCGACCCGUCUGUCUGACAGUUUGGGAUGGCCCGACGGGCCAAGGGGGACGCCCGCCGUACCCGGGUCUCCUUUUUGCUUUUCUAGGGGAAAACCCUCCUGCCCCCUAGCCAAACUCCUUCGACAGCAGCGCCCGUUACGCUGUGCCUCCUAAGGAUGCAGAUGCAAAUGCAAGUCCAGAUGCAUAUGCAGAAGCAUCCGAUGUCCGAUCCUUGCGUUUCCUUCACAUCCUGCCUUUCCACAAAUCUUCCCUGCACCAUUUGCUUACCUGGGUCUGUUUCAAUUUUCGACGAUUGGCAUCUGCUGUCCUCAAGAUCGGAGCGACGACUCGUACGAGUGUCAGCCACUGCUCCGUCGGGAAAGCAUCCUCGCAUUUCACUUACUUGUACAGCUUUCAUCUACUUUGAAGGUUUUUCAUCCGUUAAGCAAUUCGACUGUCUACCGAGAAAUUUCCGAGGAUCGCGUCGCCAUUCGGACAUAUUCGAAAUUGUCGUGAAUCCGAACGGCGACGGAGGUAUUCGCACUCUGCGCUGUCAAUGUUGCGUCAUACAAGAUUUCUUUACUUCAUCGUUCUCGGAUAUAUUCCAACAGCACGCUUGGAAUAUUCGCGCGAAUACUUUCUGACGAUCGGACAAUUGUACACGGGAUCUAACUGUUUCUGUUACGCAUGUACAUCGUGUGGAAAGUCUUCGCACUUUGGCGCUUUGCAUUCGGCAUUUUUUUUUGCUCGUGUAUCCUCGCCACAUCCUACUGCUUGAAAUUACGUGCGUAGAGCAACUUUAUGUUAGACUUCGUAAAACGAUGCACUGAAAUAAUUUUUGCAAAAAUUCUCGAUCGAGUGUCUGCUGUCUGGAGGAGAGUACUUUUUUUUUUUUUGACACUUACACGCUAGUAUUAUUUAUCUUUUGGAGGAGCGACAUUUUUCCUAAGGCCCGAACAAUAGCUCAAUGUUGAAUGUUCGCUGUUAUAAUGGCAUAGUUGCAAUAGUUACAAAAAGAAGGAACGUGAACGUACUAUGGAAUCGCGAUGCAGCUACUAUAACUCAGUAGGAGUUAAAUACCACAGAGGUACGGCCUGAUCAGAUCGCUAUGCCGAAGUAUUUUUGGCUUCCGUAGUAGUAAGCAUUGUCGUAAAGAUCAGCCAAUCAAGUUGAUAGGCUCUACUUGAGUAUUUAUGGUCUUUACCCAUUAUCGAUUACUCCUCGUCUCGCUCGACUGUCUCGAUACUUGUAAAUCAAUAAUCGAUAAUAAUACAAUUACCUUAGGAUCAGACCGUUUUGUCUGUAUUCGAAUAAUAUAUUAGUUUCGAUGAUAAUUAUCACAGUAACGAAAACUCGAAAGACGUUACUGUGAUAACAAAAAACAAUUGGCCAGGCAUCUGUCAUUGUUAGAAAAUGAAUUAACUGUACAAUGGAUACAAUUUUGGUAAUUUCUAACAAAUAAUUAAAUGAAACGUCAUUAACGAUUAAUACAUCUAAUUCGGUCUAUUCUAAUGUAAUUUUUUGACAAGCUUAAUAGAUAUAUAUAUUAUAAUGAGACGCCUUCCCAAUAUAGGAGAUUUCCAAGCAAAGAAUGUUUUACGUAAUUAAUGCAUUCUUGAAGCCUUUGCUUCGCUCUUGUACUCCAAACCUAGAGGAAGGAGUCUAGCUUAUAGGUUUUCUAUGCAAAAAGAAAAGCUGUUAAUGAAAGGAUCAAGGGGGCAGGAGGCGACCGUCAAGGGUGACCUGGUGGCGGCAGCAGGGCGGUCAGGGACGUACUUUGUGGCAAAGACCUUUCCGGUGGCCACUGAGAAUUCACGAUUUCAUUAGCAUGCACAUAACAUACACAUAUAUUAUAUGCGAUAGUUUAUAAAAGUGCUAUAAGUAAUCCCACAUUGCCGGGACGUGUUGUUUCUUAAUGAAAUGACAAAUGUGAAAAAGUGAUUUUCAUUAUGACACAACAACGUAUAUUUGGUGAUGGCAUAUGGAAGUUUCAUGAAAGAUAAAAAAAAAGAAAAUACACUUCACGUUGAUAUAGGUAGGACAAUCAUCUGAGAAAAACGUAAUGGCUCCACUGUUUCGGUUGAAAUUUUCUAAGAGAUAAUCGAAUUUGAAGUUUCACCGAAUUAUGUAACUAUAUAACAGAUAAAUGACAAAUUGUAAGACAAGAUGAUUAAUGAGAGAAAAUAUUUUAUUUAAUUAAUCAAUUAUUAAAGGACCGAAUAAGUCAAAGGCCGCUCGUCACUUCAAAAACUCCAAUGAUGCCAUCAACCAACUGUGUAAUGAUAAAAAAUAAAAUAAAAUUAUCACGCCUAAGAUUUGCAGCUAAAAAAAGAGUUAUCGCGAUCUUCCGCAAAUUAAGCGUUAACAAAAAAGUCAUCAAAUGAAUCGUUAUCGUAGUCGGCAUAUAGAGAGUUUAGGGAGAAUUCGCAAUUUUGAAAUGGGUCUUUUGCGAAUCAUUAUCACUGCUGUGCACGAAAGAAUGUUUAACGAAAAAGAUUUGAAAAAAGUGAAAAAGUAUUAGGAUUAAGCCAUGGCUUUUCAUGAGAUGAAAUAUAAUUAGCAGUGGCAUAAUUACUUACAGAAAGUAUUCACGACUCUUAAACACACACGCGCAAAAAUACUUUGUUCCGCCAUUGCGUAUGCGUUUAAGAGCAUGACAAAGUUCGUAGUCUCGGCAAACGGUCUAGUAUUAUUAACAUUUAGUUAACGGCGAGCCAACAAUAAUGUAAAUAAUUGAAACAAUUGUGCAUGCUUGGGCGUGUGACUGUUCCGAUUGAUCGAAAGGAUGCGAGAGAACGUCGACCAUUUGUGCAUUUGAUAAAAAAAGGGAUAUUCGAUAAUACAAAUAGAAAAUACGAUUCUGUAUCCAUACAGAGUUGGCACAAAGUUUAAUCCGGACGAAGGAAAGAAAAAAAAAAAAAAAAAUUCUAAGAUCGGGAAUGAAAAAUAAAUUGAGAAUACAUAAUUGUCGACGAUUCGUAAUGAGUUCCUAGACACAGAAAAUACGAGACGUCGUGCGUCUAGAGGAAUCGCCAUAAUCGAUAUUAUAUGAUUGUACGUGGCAAAUAAUAAGAGUAAUAAUAAUAAUAAUGAAUUGGCGCGAGACAUUUGUACAAACUCUGUAUAAAUACCUUAUCAAUUUAACAGCUAGGUAUAUUCGUUAAGAAUGUUAAGCUUAAGUUUUUUGUAUAAAACGGCACAAAUAUUUUGUAAAGGCAGAGAAAGAGAAAGAGAGAGUAAGAGAAAGAGGUAUGUCGCUCGUACAUAUAAGUGUUGAUUUUUAUUCCAUGAUAUAAUCGUGUAUUCUUGCAUGUGUACAGGAUAUGUUAUAUAUGCAUAUACAAUAUACACGGAAAUGCUCGCGAAAUUCAUUUUCAAGAAAUAAAUUAAGGGCAAUUCGUGCUAUAGAUAAGUCGACGAUUUAAGUUUGACUAUGCAAGUUAGUCGUCAUAGGGUUGUAGUUGUGUGACCAUGGUUGUAAUUACGUGCGGUAACGAUAAUAAUUAUUGAUAAUUACUAUUACCGUCGCGGUAAUAACGACGCGGAAUUAUGUGCGGAAUUAUAGAAUCCAUAUUCAAAGUCAAGGUACUUAGUACAAUCCUCUUUGGUACGAUAUGGGUAGGUAUACCUAGAAUCUAAUACGGUGUCAAAAUCCUAUUUUUUGUUGUCAUCGUUAGACCUAAUAUUUUCCAUUAUUUUUUCGGUUUAACGUGAAAAAGAAUAACUAUUUUUUAUUUUCGAUUUUUUUUUUCUAAAAUAUACCUCGCGGAAUCCAUGAAUUGUAAUCAGUGCUUUGUCAAUCCGUCUAUCGUAACGUUAUUGGAAGCUAACUUGCUCUAUUCAAAUUUCUAUCGAUAAAAAAAUUUGUCAUUCUUUUUUUUUUUGGUUUUCGACUCGUUUUGUUUCUAGAUCAAAUUUUGUCUGGGUGAAAUCCAAUGCAUAUGUGUCGUACAUAAACUUAACUGCAAUACAUACGACUUCGAGCGAGAUGUUUGACACCUUUAUAAUAAUAAUAAUAAUAAUAAUAAUAAUAAUAUUUAUAAUAAACAAAAACAACAAUACUAAUAAUAUUAAAAAAUAGUUCAAAUCGUAAUGUUAUUUAUUAAUAAUGGCGACUGCUAUUAGUUGAACUAUUUCGUGCCUGUGGUUAUAUCAAUAUUGCCAGGUUACAGAACAAUACUUAUUGUGAUUUAAUUAUCAUCGAUCUUAAUUUUUUAUGUUUUCAAUAUAUUGUUAAUACGUAUAACAAGCACUGACGUAGAGGCAAUCAUAUACAAAUUUGACAUAAUUCUGAAUCAGAUAUUUUUAGUGAAAUGGAAGUUGAAGAAAGACAUAGAAUUUUUCACUCUUUGAGCGCAAGAAACAAUACCGAAUUGAAUUCUACGAAAGUAAUUGUACAUUGGUAAAACAUGCAGAAUAUAGUGAAUUUUGUUAUAAAUAA